CUCACCUUUCCCCCUCGGCUUGCUCCAUUUUUAUUUCCAAGCCCUCCCAAGUCCCAACCCUCAAGCGGCGGAGAGAGAGAGAGAGGAGUGCUUGGAAGUUGGUUGAGAUGGAUCUGUUGGAGAGGAACAUUAAGAAGGGGGAAGAGGAGGAGGAGGCGCGCAAGGAAGAGGGGAGGAAGGAGGAGGAGAAGACCCAGGAGCCGCAGCAAGGCCAAGGCCUCAGCCUCUCACUCGCCAACGGCAGCGCCAGGUCUGGAAUGUUGCCGAUGUCGAAUCCUUCAGCAAAUCCUCAACAGCUUACAAUUUUCUAUGGCGGAUCAGUAUGUGUAUAUGACUCAGUGCCACCAGAAAAGGCUCAAGCGAUCAUGCUUAUUGCUGCAGCGGCUGCAGCAGCCACCAAAACCACUGCCGUUAAGCCUCCUAUGAUGCCUGUAGCUGCAGCCACUGUUGCCCCAGCAGCAGUUUCUCCCGCGCUCACACGGUCUCUGUCACUGCAGAGCACUUCUGUAGCAAAUGGGCAGCCUCAGGUUGUGGCUGACCCUAGCUCAAUGUGCAAGCUUCAGGCUGAUCUCCCAAUUGCCAGGAGGCACUCUCUUCAACGCUUCCUUGAGAAACGUCGUGACAGGAUUGUGAACAAGGCUCCAUACAGCCCUGCGAAGUCAUCUGAGGGCAUGGAGUCAGCUGGGAUGGAAGUGGCAGCUGAGGGCAAGGCCCAGUAACUUGAAAGAUAGGGAGCCGUGACGCUCGAAACGGUGAAGGCUGACGUUGUGGAAAGGGCAGGGAUGUGUCGUUGUCGUAUGUUGAAGCUCAGGACCGUACUAAUAAUUGGACCGGAACCUCUAUUAUCGCUGUUCUGUUGUCAUGUGCUAGGUUGGUUUAUUCGGCCGUCAAUUCGUUUACCCGCAUACCGAACUGCUAUGAUAUGAUGUGUCGUUCAGUCGUUGUACAUCAUGCCGGUCGUCUGUCUGACUAUGUAUGUCACAAUGAUCAUCUAGUAAUGAAAUACCAUCUAUGUUAUCCUCCUA